AUGACGGAGCCCAGCGCGUCGACUUCUGCUGCUGCUGCUGCCUCUGCCUCGCCGUCGCCGUCCGAGACUCAUCGCCCUCAUCCUCAACCUCUCCCCGUACCUGCAUCCGGUGACAUUGAUGCCGACGUCGACGCCCAUAGACCAUCGAAUGGUGACCCGUCUUCGUCGAAUUCACCCCUCCGACCUUCCCCGAUCAUCACCGACACCCUCCAGACGCCAGACGCCACCGCCCAACAUGACGCCGUGCUGUCAUCGCCAGACUCUCCCUUGUCCGCACUUUCGACGCCGCCCGAGUCGCCGACCGACGACCUGUUUUUCUCCUCGACGAUCGCGCCCAACACCAAUGGCCACACCAACGGCCAUCUCGGGAACGGGCUGACCAACGGACACGCUCGCGCGGCAGAGACGCCCGAGGACGACAGGCCGGCGAAACGUCGCAGGGUCCGCGACUCUACGCCUCCCCCGCCCGGAUCAAAGACGCGCAAGAUCGUCGAGUCGCCGCCAUGGAAGAAGUUCGAGGCCGAGGGCCCCACCACCAUCAUCGAGGGUGGCAAGCGGAAAUCAGGUCGCCUUAACACGGUCCCUUUGGAGCAGAUGAGCAGUGACAAGAGGAUAACUAGGAAGUCAUACUCGCAGAACAGCCCCCCGUCCAAGCUUAGGCAGGGUCUUUCCAACAACCAGGUUGCGUCCAACCAGGCAGCGAGGCACCGCGCAGCCUCGGCCAGCAAGUCUUUGGCAUCCAGGUCCAGCGCGGCCUCGAAGCCUGCGGCGCGAAAGUCACUAGGCCAUGAGUCCAGGUCCACCCCCAGGACUCGCAGGCCCUCGCCGCCGCCUGCGCAGCCAAGCCGGUCAUCAACUAGGACGCGACGGCCAUCGAGAAACGGCCGGGACAGCCUAGAUAACGACUUUUCCGCCGCCCAAGCCACGAGAACGACGCCGCGAAUCAAGCUACGCGUCAACCGCCUCCCGCUCACCGAAUUGCCCCUUGUACAUCCUGGCCGUGUCAAGAAGAAGAGAGUGGCCCCGAAUCUUGACGAAUACUUCCGCGCUGCUGACAACAUGCCUGUGACGGAUGGCGGACAGCUGAUACCUGAAGAUGAGCCGAUCUUCACAGACGACAUGGCUCUGGCCGAGGCCAAGACAAUUAUACGCAUCGAGGACGAAGCCCGACCUGACGGUCUGCUCGGGAAGACCUGUGCAAUAUUCGAGCCCGAGCCCGCCGAAGAGCCGCCGCGACAGUAUGCGCACAUGGACCACCUCGUCAAAGCUGCCCAGACCUCCUCCCACGAGGAGAUUGAGAGGGAAGCACGAGACAUGUGGAUCGGGCGGUACCGGACUGUCAUGAGAGCUAUGUUUGGAACGUGGGAGAACGUGAGGGCAGAAGUGAACCGGCGGCGCCUGGAAGAAUGGGAGGCGGAGGAGCAAAGACGUGUCAAGGCGGCACUGCAGGAAGCCGUCUCUCGCUCAGAGCAACAGCUUCUCGCCAGGCAGGCACAGUUUGACUCGGACGCAAGCGAUGAUGAGCUCCUGGACGAGGACGGCGAACCCAUGGAUUCCGGUUCAGACGACAGCCAGAUCUCCGAGGAUGAUGAGGCGUCUGUGGACGGGCUAAGUGACGAGGACAACAUGUCUUCUUCAGAAGAGGAUGAUGACCGUAAGUCGGCCGCAUCGGACGAGGGCUUGACACAAGAGCAACUCAGAGAAAAGUAUGCAAACUUGCCGGACAUUGAAAACAGAGACGACACAAAUGGCGGCGGAGACACAUCGAUGGCAGAGGCCCUCGAUGAUGACACCAGUGACGAGUCCGUCGACAUGGACGACGACAUGGGGUCUUCAGACGAUGAUGACGGCAACGAGAGCGGUUCGGAUGACGACGGAGAUGACAGCGCAGAGGAUGAGGGUCGGCCUUCCGGGCUACUGGGUCUGUUCUUUGGCGAGAAGGAACUCAAGAAACUCGAGGAAGACACAGCCGAGAACCCAGACAGCGCCGCUGACCCUAGCGAUGCUCAGAUGACCGACGCUGAUGCCGCUGGGCCCUCCACCGAGGAACAACCGGCGAAGGUGGUUACUGCAGACCAUCCGCAAAUGCCCAAGCUGAACGGUACUUUGGACACAGCCGGCACUUGCGACACUGAUCAGAAGAUUACCGGGGCCUCUACGGGACAAGCGUCUCCGUCUUCUGCGGAAAACCCUCAACCAGCAGCGCCGGAACCGACGAAUGCAGCACCUCCUUCGGAGGCCGUGCAGACGACUCCGGAGGUUGAUGCCACAACCAACCCUGCCAGUCCCGAUCGCAGUCAGUCGCCUCGCACGACGGAUACAAAACCCUCCGACAUCGACACCGCAACGUCUUUUGAGCGUAUGAGCGCCCCACUGGAAGCGAGCAGAAGCAGAUCUGGCUCCCCUCAACCCACGGCGCCACGGACAGAGGUGCCGUUCCUCCUGCGCGGCACGCUUCGUGAGUAUCAACACUACGGGCUAGACUGGCUUUCCGGACUCUAUGCGAACAACACCAACGGCAUCCUCGCUGAUGAAAUGGGGUUGGGAAAGACCAUCCAGACAAUUGCGCUGUUGGCCCACCUGGCGUGCACCCACGAGGUAUGGGGGCCGCACCUUGUGAUUGUCCCAACAAGUGUGAUGCUCAACUGGGAAAUGGAGUUCAAGAAGUGGUGUCCCGGCUUCAAGAUCCUGACAUAUUAUGGGACCCAGGAAGAGCGGAAGAGGAAGCGCCAAGGAUGGACCAACGACGACGUCUGGAAUGUGUGCAUCACAUCGUACCAGAUUGUUCUACAGGACAACCAGGUAUUCAGACGGCGCAGGUGGCACUACAUGAUUUUAGAUGAGGCGCAUAACAUCAAGAACUUCAGGUCACAGAGGUGGCAGACGCUGCUUGGCUUCAACACCCACUCGCGUCUCCUGCUGACGGGCACGCCACUGCAGAACAACCUGACCGAGCUCUGGUCGCUCCUGUUCUUCUUGAUGCCGUCCGAGAACGGCGUCGGCGGCUUUGCGGACCUCAAGGAAUUCCAUGACUGGUUCGCCAGGCCGGAGUCACAGAUCCUCGAGCACGGCCGUGAGCAGAUGGACGAGGAGGCUCGUGCCAUCAUCUCGAAGCUCCACAAAGUCCUCAGACCAUACCUGCUGCGGCGGUUGAAGGCCGACGUGGAGAAACAGAUGCCUGCCAAGAUUGAGCAUGUCGAGUUCUGCCGCCUGUCCAAACGCCAAAGGGAAUUGUACGAUGGCUUCCUCGCCCGCUCUGAGACCCGGGACACGCUGUCAUCCGGCAAUUACCUCUCGAUCAUCAACUGUUUGAUGCAGCUGCGAAAGGUCUGCAACCAUCCUGACCUUUUUGUUGACCGCCCCAUCAUGACGUCCUUCCGCAUGGAGAAGUCAAUUGCAUCGGACUACGAGGUCACCGAGCACUUGGUGCGCAACAAAUUGCUAGCGGCGAAGCCAAUGAGUACUGUCAGCCUUGGCUUCUUGAAUCUCGUGCCGACGCAACACGAAGAACUGUCCAACACGGUGGCAGAACGCGUGAGUCAACUAAGCUCCCACAGAGCUCUCAUGGACCUGCGCGAAACCCAGCGGAUCAGGUCUCAGGCAUCACACCACACCCUCGACCCUUCCAGUGUCAAGUCAACGAUUGGGUUCUUGGACAGCGCCGCCCGAUGGGGCCGCUUCGAAGAACUGCAGCACUGCGUCUACCUCAACGCACUGCGACGGCAGCAACGGCCCAUAUACGGGAAGCGUCUGCGUGAGUUCCUCACAAUUGGCGCGGACAAGCGACCUUACAAACCUCGGCCCAGAGUGCCAAAGUUGGUCAUGAGCUGGUUUGAAGAGGACUCCUUCAUCCUGCGUACCAUGAUACCCACCUUGGACCAGCGCGCUGCGUCCAUGGAACGGACGAUAUCAAAAUUUGCCUGCGUCACCCCUGCCGUCGUCACGAGAGACAUGGAGCCAUUCCUGCUCGGUUGGAAGGGCGUCCAGGCGUUCGGAGAGGCCGACAUGCGGCUGUCAGCACCCGUCAGGCGCCUUCCCUUCAUACCCCCUGAGCCGCCCGUUGACCCCUGGCAUGAGUCCCGCAUGCGUCUCUCUAUUCAGUUCCCGGACAAGCGUCUCCUGCAAUACGACUGCGGCAAGCUGCAAGCCCUCGAUAAGCUCUUGCGCAAGCUCCAGGCCGGUGGCCAUCGCGCGUUGAUCUUCACCCAGAUGACCAAGGUCCUCGAUAUCCUGGAGCAGUUCCUCAACAUCCAUGGCCACAAGUACCUCCGCCUGGAUGGGUCCACCAAAGUCGAGCAACGCCAGAUUCUGUGCGACCGUUUCAACGUUGACAACCGCAUCCUCUGCUUCAUCUUAUCGACGCGAUCAGGCGGUCUUGGCCUCAACCUCACUGGUGCCGACACUGUCAUUUUCUAUGACCAGGAUUGGAACCCCGCCAUGGACAAGCAGUGCCAAGACAGAUGCCACCGCAUCGGGCAAACUCGCGAUGUGCACAUCUAUCGCCUUGUUAGCGAGCACACCAUUGAGGCCAACAUUUUGCGGAAGGCAAGCCAGAAGCAGAUGCUGGACGACGUCGUGAUUCAGGAGGGUGCAUUCACGACGGACUACUUCAACAACCGCCGGGGCGAGUUGUCAGUGCAGGAGGUCGCAGGUGGCUUGAUGGGCGAGCACGAUGCUGCCGCUAAUGCCGCGAUGGACCUCGUCCUAGGCGGCGUCGACAAGAGCGACACUCGUACCGCCACGAAAGCACUCGAACAAGCAGAGGAUACCGAGGAUGUGGUUGCAGCGAGGGCCGCCGAGAAGGAAAUCCUGCAGGACGAUGCGGACUUUUCCGAGGCGAAGCCUGGCUCUGGGGCUGUCAGCACGCAGCAGGGCACACCACGGGAAGGAUCAGUUGCGCCUGGGCGGUCAGGUCUGGGACUGCUUGUCGAAUCUGCCGACACGCCCGCCCCAGAGGAGGUUGAGCCUGAGUACAACGCCUUCGGCGAGAAGAUCCACAAUAUCGACCAGUACAUGGUGGCGACGAUGGCGAAGCAGCUCGAGGGGACCCAGCUGGAGUUGCCCAAGGACAAGAAAAAAGGGAAAAAGAAAGGCCGGGACACAAGAAGGCGCUAA